AAAAACUAGUAUGCAUGCGCCACAAUUUGCACUUUGCAGAUAAAAAUACAAAACUAGCAAAAUGGUUAUUUUUUCAGCAUUAUUUGGAUUACGAUCGUUUCGGAAAUUCCCACAGUUCCGAUAUCUCAAUUAUAUUCAAGGUCAGGAACCGGAGCCUAAAAUUAGAGAGUACUUUUACUUCAUUGAUCAUCAGGGUAUGUUGUUUCUCGAUGACGCACGAAUGAAAAACUUUACGUCCUGUUUUAAAGAAAAAAAGUUUCUUGAAUUUUUCUUUAAAAGAAUUCGUAUUAACAAGACUGGAAGAUAUGAAAAUGAAUUUCCUUACAUAUCACUUUGUGGAAGAGAGAGGAACUUUAUAAGAUGUGAUGAUGUGCCAAUUGUUUUCACUCACAUAAUAACUAAAGAACCAAAUGGAAAAGAUUUCUUCACUUAUGGCUAUGCUGGAGAACUUUUAAUGAGCCCAUUUAUGCCUGAUAAAAUAUAUAUGCUACCUAAUACAGGGAGAGUUUACCAUCCAGCAGAUGAUAAGUUUGGAGGUAUUGGACUAGUACGAUCCAAAUUGUCUAUUGAGCUUAGUAAACAUUUUGAAUUUCGAAAUGGAGAAUCAAAUCCACCAACAAAUUUCAAAUGGAAGGAUACUAAUUAUGACUUAGACCAACAGUGGUUUGAUGAGAAGGUAAAAACUAAUAAUAUAAAAAUAAAAACAAACCCUGAUUAACAUUAAUUAUACCUAUAUUGUUAUUCAUAAGAUUUAUAACUUAAUGUUACAUUGUGUGUACAUGAACUUAUAAAAUAAACAGUAAAAUAAUAUGUGAUAAUUCUAGAUUGUGUAGUAAUUAAAUAAACUUAACAAGUUAUAUCAUUAUUUGAAGGCUAUUUCACUAUUUAGGACGUUAUUUUAUAAGUUGUAUUUGUUCUUAGUUUACUUUAUUUAAGGCCAACUUGUUUUAGAUACUAUCACAGUUAAUUCAUAUGGCAUUUUAAUGUUUAAAUAGGAUUAUUAUCUUUCUUCUUAUGAAGUCUUGUUUAAAUUUAAUUGAAUAUAUUUCUGAUCUUGGCUA